CGGCAGAUCCCGUUGUUGACUCAAGUGGAAAUCGCUUUUCUUUUUUAAAGAACUGAUUGUGAAGAAACAAUGGCCCUGCAGCCGUUUACAAGGGAGCAAUUAAACUAUUUCAAGCUCGCUUUUGUUGUUCUCAAUGAGUACCCAAAGGCCCUACGCCAGACCUUCAGAUAUAUGUGGGAUAACUUCUUUGGAAGUCGCCAUGGUCAUAAAAUGUGGGAUGACUCCCUUGCCGUAAGGAAUGUGUUCCUUGUUUUAGAGGGUAGAAAAACAAGAGUUCCCACACACCUUUCUUACGAUGAAUGGGAUUGCACUGCCCUGUUCCAAGCCACAAUCUACUCACAGGCUUUCGCUUUACCACACAGCAAAGGCGGUCACACAGUACUUAGCGACUCGUUCAUAAAGCACAUCGGACUGCCAUGUGGAAGCUUCCAUGCCUCUGUGGUGAGCCUUACCGGAGACAAGGUUGAAACAUUUGCACUUGCCAUUGACCAGCUCAGACUUCUAAGAAAUUCUCUAUUACACUCAGCCACUCCAGAGAUUGACAAAGUAACAUUUGAUCAGCAUGUUCAACUCUCUAAAGACGCGUUUAAAGCUCUGGGAUUGAAGACUGACCCCAUAGAUGCAAUUGGAAGUUUGAACGAUUCUGACUUUCCUACUGAAAUGGUUCACAAGCUGGAGAGAGAAAUUAGGAAGGAGUUACAAGCAGACAAGACUUUUCUUCAAAAAGACGUAAAGGAAGAACUGUGCUAUGUGAAAGAUGAGGUGCAGUGCAUACGGUCCGAUAUCGCUCAGUUACAAAAAACCGAAGAUGAGAGGGAAAAAGCGACAACUACUACAAACCAAGAGGUGAAAGAGAGCAUAGCUGAGCUGAAGGAGAAAGUCGAGGACAUGAUCAAGAGCCAGAGACCAGGUACGAAACUAUCACUCAAACGAUCAUCUCUUCCUCCAAUCGUUCCACAUUUUACUGGCCGCAAAAGAGAAUGCGAUGAGAUCACUUGCCAAGUAACUUCGGAAUCGACAAGACUCGUUUCAAUCUGGGGCUCGCCAGGAUUCGGAAAAACUUCGGUUGCAAUCGCAGUUGGGCAUCAGCUCCAGUCUUCAGGAUUGCCAGUCCACUUCCUCUCAUUACGAGGACUCAAGUCCAAAGCAGAUCUAACAUCAAAGUUUCUUGGCCUCCUAAGACAGGGUCCGUCUCUUCCAAAUGAUCAAACAGCUCAGCAACUAUCGCUCAAUGAUGAAUUAUGCCAAACGUUUAGUAAGAUAUCGGAUAGUCUUGUCUGCAUACUGGACAAUGCCGAUGAUUUGCUGGAGACCGGUGACCCGAACGUGAAGGAUGAGGUCAUUGAUCUACUGGAAGAAAUUAUGAGAAGCAAUGAAAAGGUGAAAUUCCUUUUAACUUCCAGAGAAUCUUUGCAGUUCAUAGACGUACGUUUCCCAGGCCACCAGGGAUCGAGAAUAGGACACCUUGAUGACAUCUUCUCCCAGGAGCUUGUUUACAAACUGCUUCCCAUGGCAAGUGCCUCUGACUGCAAAAAAAUGGCCCAAGUUUGUGGACAUGUACCUUUGGCAAUAAAGCUACUGUGUUCCUCUGUUUCGGAAGAUGACCCCGUUGAACUGAGUCAGUAUUUAGAGAACUACUUGAAGGCCUCAACCGACAUCAUUCAGAUGUUGGACAAUCCGGAUUAUCCAAGCAAUUUGAGAUUGCAAGUUCUUUUUGGAACUUCUUUUCAGAGACUCUCAGAGGAAGAAAAACGAGCGCUGGUGUCACUAGCUAUUCUUCCUGACAAUUUUCAUUUAGACAUCGCUGCCGCUGUUUUGGGUUUGGCAAACACUGCUAGAGCAAACAAGAUAUUGCAAAGGCUCCGGAGGAAAUCCCUUCUCAGUUCCGGCGCUACGCAUGGUCUGUUCUCGAUACACAAGCUCAUCCAAUCAUUUUCCAGAGAGAAGGGAGAACAAGAGAUGCCGGAAACUGUUUUCUGUGCCAAAUCCCGUUUUCGUGCUUAUUACGUUACACUCUUCAAAACUCUCAAUGAGAAGUUUCUCAGUGGACAUUCUAUGCCCGCUUUUAUUGAAUUCUACGAAGAGAAGCAGAGUAUCACUGAAAGUCUCAUUGAAAGCUGUUCUGAUCCCAAAGUUGCUGAUGAUGUUUUUGACGUCCUGGCGACAGCAGAGCAGUUUUUAGACAUGCUUUUGUGGAGAGAUGUCACCUCCUUUGUUAAAAUUUAUGAUUCAGCACUUGAAGAGUCCCACAAGCAGGGGAAAAACAUCUCCUACAGAAAAUUACUUGUUUCCAAAGCUUUCGGUCAGAUAACAUGGGGUAAAACUGGAAAAACGAGUCAACUUCUUAACAAAGCUAAGGAAUGCCAAGCCUUAUCUUCCUCAGUCCCUAAUGAAGAACAGGGGAAACUCCUGUGCUAUUUAGGCAUGCAUUGUCUUGUUACAAAUGAAUCGGAAGAAGGCGUUAAAUGUUUCCAUGAAGCCCUUUCUAUGAUGAGCAACAUCCCUGCUCUGGUGAUUCUCAAACUUAUCACUUACCAAAUCCUGGCUGUCUACUACAAAUGCAGAAAUAACCCGGCAAGUGCAAGUUACUACCAAACGAAGGCACUUCAAGAAUGCGAGUGUACAGACAACCAACACCUCGUAAUUCCUCCUUCAACGAGGGAGCCAAAAGCUCGAGGAGAAGAGACACCAUCCAAAGAUCAGGCGAAUGCACCACUCUUAAUGCAAGUGUUGUAUCAUGUAAGCCAAGCAACAGAGAAUUUCUCUGACAUUGACACCCAGCAAGGUUUUGGCAACGUUGCACUCAAAAUACUAGACAACGGUGCUGCAUCUUGCAAACCGUCACUUGGUUUAUUCAAAUUUCACCGCAUAGUUGCUGUGAUGCUACAAGAGCAACGAAAAUACGAAGCAGCUGUCAAGUUUGCAGAGUCUGCCAUAACAUCUCAUCGAACUGCCCUCCAGCAAUUUAAAAGCAACGAGAGCAGUUUGUCAAAAGAAGGCAACGAGGUACACUCUGUAACAAGUUCGCAAAUUCACGAGGAGGCAUUGGUAGGGCUCUACCAGGAUCUUGGACAGAUCCAUUACAGCAAAGGCAACUAUUCAGCGGCUCUUCAGUCCCAGCAGCUUGCACUUGACCUUGCACUUGCUGUAUUCGGCGAGGAGCAUCCAGCAACAGCAGUUUGUUAUUACCUAGUGGGAUGGGCACAUUAUCAGUUAGAAGAUUACGUGUCAGCGCUGCCAUAUAAUCAGCUUGCGCUAAAGAUCAGACGUAAACUUUUUGGUGAAGAUCAUUCCCUGACGGCGUACAGUUACCGAUCAGUAGGAUACACACAACACGAGCUAGGAGAUUACAAAUCAGCUCUGAAGUCUAAAAAGCGCGAACUUGACAUUCGACUGAAACUGUUUGGCGAGGAAGAUCCACGGACAGCUGACAGCUACCGUUCCCUGGGACAGACAUAUAACGAAAUAGGAGACUACAAUUCAGCUCUUCCGUUGAAACAGCAUGAAGUUGCCAUCAGACUAAAAGUUUUUGGUGAGGAACAUCCAAAAACAGCUGACAGCUUCCGUUCAUUAGGCUACACUCAACAUCAGCUGGGAGACUUCAAUUCAGCUCUUCAGUCUAAACAACAAGAACUUGACAUCAGACUGCGACUGUUUGGGGAGGAACAUUUAAAGACAGCGGACAGCCACCACUCAAUGGGAGAAACACAACAUCAACUUGGAGACUACCAGUCUGCUCGUCUGUCUUUCCAACAUGCGCUUGAUAUCAGACUAAAGCUAUUGGGUGAGGAUCAUGCAGACACAGCUGAAAGCUAUCAUGAACUAGGCGUCACACAGCAUCAACUGGGAAACUACACAUCGGCUCUUCAGUCAAAGCAGCAUGCUGUUGAUGUUAGACUAAAAUUAUUCGGCGAGGAACAUUUACAGACAGCUGCCAGUUGGCAUGAGCUUGGAAUCACUCAACACGAACAAGGAGACUAUGUCUCUGCUCAUCGGUCUUUGCAGCAUGCACUUGAUAGCUUGGAAAUGACAGCUCAGAAGAGAACUUAA